AUGAGUAGCAUCAUGGAUACUGCAGUACGCAAGGCAACGCGUCUUGACUACCAGCCUCCGAAGCAAAAGCAUUUGAACACUUUAAACGCAUUGACCUUUCAGUAUCCAGCCAGCGUCGGUGACAUCGUCGAUUUGCUCGAACGACGACUGCGAGAGAACUCUUGGAUUGUCACUUUUAAAGUGUUAAUCAUUCUGCAUACACUGAUGAGAGAAGGCAAUGGCGACAAGGUCAUUGCGUGCAUUGACAGUCGACCAUCUGCAUUGGAUACCACAAGAGUGCGAGAAAAGUCCUCUGGAACACUGCAAAUCCAAAACAUUUACCUGUACUCACAUUAUCUUCAGCAGAAAGUACACGUUUUCCGGCAACUAGGGAUGGAUCACGUCAAAUACACAAUGGCGCACAAAACGGGCAAGUUGCGACACUUGUCUGUUGCCAACGGAUUAUUGAAGGAAACCACCGUCGUACAGAAAUUGAUCGGCGCCUUGUUGAAGUGCAGUUUUCAAUUUGAUGACGGCGAUAAUGGGAUUGGACUCAAUGCGUUCCGGCUACUUGUGGAGGAUCUCUUUGUGUUGUUCCAGACCGUCAAUGAAGCGAUCGUCAACAUUCUUGAGCAUUAUUUCGCCAUGCCAAAGCCAGAAGCACGGCUGUCACUAGAAGUGUAUAAAAGGUUUUCGAAACAGACCGAGCAUGUUGUGGCCUAUCUGAACCGUGCAAGGAUUUUGGAGAACGAGCUGGGAAUCACUAUUCCGGAAGCACGCCACGCUCCACUGUCAUUAGCCACCGCUCUAGCUGAAUACCUUAAUGAUGCUGAAUCUUCUACUUCAUCUCCGAAACCGAAGCAGCAGCCCAAACAAUCACCAUCUAAUACUACGCCUCUUACAACCAAUGCAGCAUCACAGCAACAACAACAACAGCAACAGCCUAAAGAGUUGAUUGAUUUCUUUGCUAGUCUGGAAAAUGAGCAAACUGCGGUGCUAGCAACGCAACCGACUGGUAUGGCAGCAGCAUAUAAUCCAUUCCGGACUACACCAGCACCAGUAGUAGCCGCUACACAGCCAUCACCUUCAGCAUCUUUAUCCACAGCCGCACAUAACCCUUUUCGAAGCACUGUAACACCUCAACAAAGCAUAUCUACACCUACUUUCAAUACCACAUCCACUACUGCUACUACUAUUACAACUCAACCUACUAAUAAUAAUGCAUCUUUCGCCGACCUAUCAUUCUUUACUCAACCUAUCACUCAUCAAUCCCAACUACAAAUACCACAAUCACAGCAGCCAAUGAUGAUGAUGAUGACGAUGCCUAACACUCUAAUGCAGCAACAACAACAACAACAACAACAACCUACUACUACUUCAAACAACAAAUUCAACCCGUUCGCUAGCCCUAAUCCUUCUACUCCUGCUGCAACCCCAACAACACCGUUUCAACAACCCAUGAUGACAUCUUCGCUGUCUACGACGGCAAUGGGAGGACCCGUAGGAGUCGCUAUGAACAGUAAUCCGUUCUUCAGCCAUCAGCAACGACAGCAACAACCGCAACCUGCACAACAGCAAGCAAUGUGGUUCUGA